UCCAUCUUUUGUCCUCUCUUAGACAUCUAAAAUAGUUCAGUUUGCUUGCUUUUAUCACAGUGAGAAUUCUUCUGUUUACUGCAAUGGAUUCUGAAAAUUUCAAGAUGAACGUGAGAAGAAAGACGCGGGCUCAACUGACAAAGGAGUCAGUAUUUCUUAAGAGAGAUGCUUGGAAUCAUCUGGAGAAAAUACACACAUUCCCAUGUCUCAUCAAAGGCCCCAACAUAUUCAGAGUGAUGGACAAAACAAGUGUUCAUCAUUGUUUUUUGAUGGGCCUUGAUCCUACAUUCUGCAGACUGUUUCUUCCUGGAGAAGAUACAAACGUCACGCUCAUAUACGACAAGGACGAAACCAGUUGGCCUGUGAAGUUCUUCUCUCGUCGUCGUCUCUUCAGUGGAGGCUGGAUAAAAUUUGUCAAGGCGUACGGAUUUGAAGUGGGACAACUUCUGAAUUUUGAGGUAGAAAGUCCUAAAACACUCAGAGUGAGAUCGUACGACAAUCUUGGACCAAAUUGUGUCCGCUCUAGAGAGCAAAUAGAAGCAAAGAUUCGCCGCCCAAAACCAGAUCCCAUAGUGAUGAAAGUGGUAGAGUAUCCUGAAGGUCCUAGACUGUGCAUCAUUCCAAGAGAUUAAGCUGAGAUUACAUGUAAGCAAGUACAUAUACACGUAUGGUUUAGAAAUCACAAGUGUUAGAUGAGG